AUGCCUCACGCAGAAAACGGCAUAAUGGGCGAGAACUCUGUCAACGGGGAGGCUAUCCACUCCCAAUUCCUCGAUCACCUGACAUCCUAUCCUGUUGUCUCCGACUCUAUCACCGUCAUCAAGACCAACAAGUACGCCGCGAAGUCUCUGGAAUAUGCCGACCAAGGCUACUCUCGCUUAGCCAAGCCGUUCCUCCCUUACUUCUCCAAGCCGUACGGCUUCGUUGCUCCGUAUGUCGCGCGCGUAGAUACUCUCGGAGACAAAGGCCUGAGCAAGGUUGAUGAAACGUUUCCAUUCAUCAGAGAUGAUACAACUACGCUCAAGGGAUCGAUCAAAGAUGGUGUCUCAUUCCCAGUGCGAUUCGCUUAUGACCUAAAGGGUCAUGUUUUUGACACUUACAGUUCUGAGUACAAGAAGUGUGGUGGGGACGGAAUGGUUGCGAGCGGCAAGGCCGUCAUCACCACCGGCUUGGUGCUCUCGCAGGAGUCGCUAGCCUAUAUCAGCUCCUUGCUUCAGGCCAAGAAAGCCCAAGUUAAGGAUGCAGUCAACGAGAAGACUGACAACUAA